UUGGGUAGUCUUUCCGAUUGAGUCCAGACCAUUGGUCCCCUUAUCCAUGCUGGGGGCCGGGAGCGGGCACCGGCGGGAGUGAGCGCUCCUGAUGACGCUGCAGGGGCAAUGGCCAUGGCACUGCUCUGGGCCGUCGGGGUCUCGAGUUGGGGUUGCUCGGGUCGCCACCUCGCGCGUCAUUUCUCCCGAGCGGCGGGGCGUGAGGAGCGGCCAGGCGGGGAGGAGCUGAGACGCCUGCUGUUGGAUGACCUGGCGCCGACCCCGCGCUCUGAGCGGGGACUGGAACUUCUGUUUGGCCUGUCCCCUUGUCUCCUGGCCCUGCGGGCCGCCCGUCGCCGCGUGGCCAGGCUCCUGCUCCAGGCCGGCAGGUCCGGGUUGCAGGGAGAGCGGGCCGAGCUGCUCCGGGUGGCAGAGGCGCGGGACAUCCCAGUUCUGCGGCUCAGACGGCAGAAGCUGGACGCCCUGUUGCGCUCCCAGGUCCAUCAGGGCGUCUGCAUGGAGGUCAGCCCGCUGAAGCCUCGGCCUUGGACGGAGGUCGGGGAGGCGAGGCCAGGCGACGACCCCCAGCAGCUGUGGCUCGUCCUCGAGAGGCUCCAGGAUCCCCGCAAUCUUGGGUCCGUGCUGCGUUCUGCUCACUUCCUCGGAGUGGAUAAAGUCAUCACCACCGGGAGAAACAGCUGCCCGCUCACUCCAGUAGUCAGCAAAGCCAGCGCCGGGGCUAUGGAGGUGAUGGACGUGUUCUCCACUGAUGACCUAGCCGGUUUUCUACAGGCCAAAUCCCGGCAGGGCUGGCUCGUGGCUGGUACAGUGAGCUGCCCAGGGCCUGAGAUUUCCCCGUCCUCUGAUAUCCCCAUCACUAGCUGCUUGGAGUUCCUCUGGGACCGGCCUACUCUCCUAGUGCUGGGGAACGAGGGCUCUGGCCUGUCCCUGGCAGUUCAAGCCUCCUGCCAGCUUCUCCUUACCAUCCUGCCCGGCCGCCAGCUGCCUCCUGGACUUGAGUCCUUGAAUGUCUCCGUGGCUGCAGGAAUUCUUCUUCACUCCAUUUGCAGCCAGAGGAAAGGUUCCCCUGGGGAAGGGAAGAGAGAGCACCUUCUCCAAGACCCCCGAGAACCCUCCACCGCGUCAGAAGGGCCUGGACUGGCGCAGCACCCAGGACUGUCCUCAGGAUCGGAACAAGAGAGGCAGAAUGGGAGCUGACUUGGACUGAGUCAUGUGUGCUUGAGGGCACACAUACUCUCACCCUCAAAUGUGCUGGAGUCUCUUACCCAAGAGUGCACCCAGGCCCCUGUUUACUAACCACUGUCUUGUGGGGCAGUGAGCUCUGCAGAAGAGAUCAGAGGAAGGUUGUUUCCUGUUUUGAUUUUGGCCUUGUCGUUGGAGCUGGCGGCUUGUUCAUCUCCAGGAUGUCCUGGGCCCUGCCUGGAUGUCAAGACAUCAGAAGGGAAUCGGGCAGGCCAGUCCAGGUGUCCUGUUCCUCUUGAACCAGUGUGAGAAUGUAGAGAGAGGCCUGGGUUUCUCUUGUGGAUGAGACAGGUACAAAUCCAGGCUCAAACCCUGCCCCAGUGGGGGCUUCCUCCUCCUGCGCCUGCCUUGCCAGGGGUCUUUGUGAGGAUCAAAUAAAAUCACCUGGGCCGCUGUGUCUUAUUCCUCCACUAGGUGGCAGCCUCGCUCUUCGAGCCGCAGUCUCCGUGGCAGCCUAUGUGGCUACCUGGGGAGAAGCUUGGCCAUGGCCCCUAGAGAGGCAAGGAAAAGAUUAGCAAACGACUCUCUCCUCCCUGGCCCUCCAGAACCCCCUCCCCAGCGACCCAUCGGUGCACCUCUGAGAAAGGAACCGAUGAACCCCAGAACUGGCCUUUGGUCCUCUGAGAUAGUGAGCACAGGGUCGCUGUCAAUUAUACAGGUGGGUUUGGUCUUCUCCCACAGAGUCCUGUAAGUGGAGCAGAAGCCCCCAGCACAAGCAGCUUAGAGCAGUCUUGGCUGCACAUUGGAACCAUCUGGCAAGCUUUCAGAAACAACUGACGCUGGGGACCCACCCCCAGAGAACCUGAUGUAAAUGGUUGGAGGGCAGCCUGGAUAUCAGAAUUGUUAAAGGCCCAGAAUGCGUCUGCUGUGUAGUCCUGGUUGAGCACCACUGGAACAGGGUUUCUGGACCUCGGCAGUCUUGACAUUCGUUGUGAUGGCUUGUCCCGUGCACUGUAGGAUGUUCAGGCUUCUCCCCCACUGGAUGCGGGUGGCAUGCCCUGCCCCCUGUUUUGACAAGCAAACGUGUCUGCAGACAUGGCCACACGCCCCCACGGAGGACACAGUUGCACAGUUGCUCCUAGUUGAGAACCACUGCUCUGGAGCCUGGAUCUGGAGGACGACAACCCAAGUUCAAAUUCUGAUUGCUGUGUGACCUCGGGCAAGUUCC